AAGUGAAUGGGAGUGUUUUAGGAUAAUCCAAUGGAAAUUUCCAAAUCCUUGAUAAAAUGGGGUAGUGUGAAAACCAGUAAAAUAUUGUAAGAGGACGCCGCCUUUCUCUUCUUUUUGUUUUCGGGCGGGUCACGAGGGCACAUGGGCGGCAUGGUCAGUGCCGUCUUCCAUUGGAGUGUCACUAUAAAUCUGCCAUUUUGUGAAGCAAUUUAAGUUCAUCUCGCAUACUGUGAUCUUUCACGAGCACUGUUUCCACUGAGAUUUCUUUUCCUGCAAAUCUUAGCUUUUUCUUUCGUCUGGCUCUUCCAGCUUCUUGGUUUGAUUAUCUUGUUUUUGGAGGUUUGAGUUGAAAACGAAAGAUAAUGGAGAAUAAGAAGCAAGGGUGUUCACCAGCUUCAUCGAUCACUGCUGAGCUUUUUGGUGCCAAGGAGUCGUCACCAACAUCGUCUGCAGGAACUUUUGCGUCUAUUUUUCCGCCUCCAUCUGCGCUGAUUGGGAAGAACUCCUCGAGUACUGACGUAAUAGGAUCUUGGCAAAAACAACAUUCCGAAAAUCAAACAUGGAACAUGAAACAAGGAACUCCAGACUAUACAGCCAACAAGGACAGGAGUUCAAUUUUCCAAGAAGAAAGAGUGGAACCAUGCCAUCUAAGUUCAUCUCUUUACUACGGUGGGCAAGACAUCUAUUCUCAGACCCCGAGUACCCAAUCCUCUGGAUCAUACCCUCUUUUCAAACAAAAUGUGGGAGAAGAUGAACCGAAUGGAAACAACUCAAACAGUGCAUCUCGAGGAAAUUGGUGGCAAGGUUCACUUUAUUAUUAGGACCUUGAGGUCCUAGGCAUAACAGUUCUCCAUCUGUUCUCAAGGAAUUCAUAUAUCCUUGAUAUGAAGUAUGGCAGAUCAUCUGCCAUAUAAAUAAGUACCCAAAACAGCUUGAGCAGCCAAUGUAGUUAAACAAUCUUGAUAUGCUAUUUUUAAGCCUGUAUUUGUGAUAAUAGAUGGAGAAAAGGCCUUGAAUUGUUAUGCAGAUGUCAACAUAAAUGCUCCAAGGUUCCAUGAUGGAUUUUUUUGCCUA